UCAAACUAUGGGAUCCAACCAAAAUCAAAUAUCAUAGCAGCUGGCUCAGCUAUACACAAUUCACCACAUCGUCUUGUCGUCAAUCCAAUGUCACAUUCCGAUCAAAUUCCGGCCAAAACCAGAGUAGUUUGCUGCAUCGGCGACGUCCAUGGAUACAUCACCAAGCUCCAAAACUUAUGGUCGAAUCUCGAGUCCUCAAUUCAGCCAUCGGAUUUCAACUCCGCUCUCAUAAUCUUCUUGGGCGAUUACUGCGACAGAGGUUCGAAUACCCGAGAAGUGAUUGAUUUCUUGGUCAAUUUACCCUCCAGAUACCCAAAUCAGAAGCACGUUUUCCUCACCGGAAAUCACGAUUUUGCCUUCGCCGCUUUCCUGGGAAUUUUGCCUCCUCCGGCCGAUGGGUCGCCGUUUUCGGAUACGUGGACGCAGUUCGAGGAGAACGAAGAGCGAGAAGGGUGGUUCAGAGGCGAGGGGUAUGAGAAUAUGCAUGUGCAAGGGAGGAGAUGGGCUGGGAAAAUUACGGUGAAAACUAAUUUGGCGAAAGGGACUGAUUAUCAGGGUUCUAUUUAUGAUGCUGGACCGACAUUUGAGUCCUAUGGUGUUCCUCAUGGAUCUGCUGAUUUGGUCAAGGCGGUGCCUGAUGAACACAAGAAGUUCCUUUCCAAUAUGGCUUGGGUACAUGAAGAGGAUGAUGUCUGUUUGGAGACAGAAGAUGGCAUCAAACACUAUAAAUUGAUUUCUGUCCACGCUGGGUUAGAGAGAGGGAAAGAUGUUCAAGAGCAACUGAAUUCUUUGAAAGCCAAAGACACCAAAGUGCCCAAGAUAGAAUGUUUUAGUGGGAGGAAAAAUGUUUGGGAUAUUCCAAAUGAACUAUCUGAGAAGCCAAUAAUCGUCGUAAGUGGACACCAUGGCAAACUUCAUAUAGAUGGCUUAAGACUCAUCAUUGAUGAAGGUGGCGGACUAAACGAUAAGCCUGUAGCUGCAAUUGUGCUUCCGUCGAUGAAAAUUGUGCGUGAUACUGAUAACAUGAAACAGUAAUCAUUUUCUUUGACGACGGAAAGUGAGUGGGAUGGCUUAGAAGUUACAGUGUAUACAGAAAUUAGAAUUGAGUUGCAACAUGUUUCUUUUUGCCUUGUGUAAUCACCUCAUGAUGUUUUAAUAUGUAUAAUAAGUUCACUACAAGCUGUUUGUAGUAAGAAUUUUUGGAUUCCUUUUCUUGCUAUGCCCA